AUGAAGAUCGUGUCGGGGCUGCUGAUGAUCCUCGCCGUGAACCAUGUCAUCGCCUGUUGCUGGUACGGCCUGGGCAAGUGGACCUUAGACUCUUCAAGUGGCAGCAGCUGGCUCGUAAAUGCAAACAUGGAAGAGGCCGGCUUCUCCGACUCCUAUGCCGUGUCGAUCCACUGGGCCCUGACGCAGUUCACUCCUGCCACGAACAACGUGGCUCCUGCCAAUGCUCUCGAGAGGCUUUUCGCCGUGUUGGUGAUCCUCUUGGCAAUGGGCAUGUUUUCCUCCUUCAUCAGCUCAAUCACGGCGACGGUGAGCACGCUGCGACAAUCGCGCUCCGAGCACUUCAAGCGCCACUCUUUCCUGGUCCGCUUCUUCAACGAGCGCAAUCUGUCUAUUGAGCUGUUUGGCAAAGUGCACGACGUCUUGAAGAAGCAGGGAUCCUUCGAUCUCCGAUUGAAAGAGGAUGAGGUGGAGCUUUUGGACAAUGUCCCUGAGCGCUUGAAGGUGUACCUCCACGAAGAGAUGUUUCUCGGAUCUCUGAUGUCCCUCCACUGUUGGAGGGGUUGGAAGAAGCUGGACGACGACGAGGACUUUAUCCGCCAGGUUUGCCAUUUUGCCAUGGCCGAGCACGUGGCGACUCCGGGCCAGGAUCGGGAU